GGUUUAUGCGUUGAUAUGUGUAUGUAUGUAUAACUAUAGAUAUAUAUAAUAAUCUCCCACCAAAUCAAAUUUGAUACAAGAACUAGAGAAUGACUCAAAGUAAAAUCCCAACUUUAAAACCAUCGAAAUAUUCUCUCACUUAAUUCAAUGGGAAGGAAGGAAACCUGAAAAUUCUUAUUUGGAAUCUCUAGUGCAAUCUUCAUCCUAUUAGCAACUGUGGAUAUUAUUGAUAUUUUUAUGUAGAUGGAUACUCGAAGGAAAGAUAGAGGGCUGGAAAUAUAUAUAUAUGUAUGUAUGUAUGUAUAAGAUCGGGAUUGGGAUCAGGAUUGGAUGUAUAAAGUUUUAAUUGAAUGAGGGUAUGGUAUGUGCUUUGAUGAAUUUUAACGAAUGCCGGACGAGAUGAGGUGAGGUGAAGUGAGAUUGAUUGUCUACCUAAUAAGUGUGCUAAGUUAUUAUCUUCAAGAUACACAACUACCUACCUGUGCAUCUCCGUACAUGUAAAGUUACAUACAUACCGAAGCUUUGAUAUUUUUCUGCUUGGUAAGCUUAUCUUGUAGAAUGCGAAAAUGUACCUAACUAGGUAGAUAAGCUGCAAAGUAGUGAGUGUAGGUAAUGUAACCUCAGUUUUAUAACAGGGUGUGUGAGGAGUAUUAUAUUAGUAAGAAAAUGACGAUUCGUACUUUAUGCUGGCGAAGUAGGUAAGAACAUUGUAGCCGAAUGUUCCGAUAAGAAGGCUACCAUGUAUCUCGAUGUAAGGAAUGAGCUGAAUGGGGCGGGGUUGGGUAAAGCUAGUUAGGUAGGUAUAUUGUCGUGGGCAGCAUUGUGGUUGGUAGCAUUCUGGUGGGUAGCAUUGGGGUGGGUAGUAUUGCGACUAGCUCUUACUAUCAAGUGAAGAACUAAAGAACGUCGUGUGUGUGUAAGGAUGCAGAAGCGGUAGUCUCGUAUGUAUAAGUUGUGUUUACUUCUCCGAGUAUUAGGUACACCGAUGAAAUAAAUACCAUACGGUAAAAUAGAUAUGGAUUUUCUGUAUGUACCUCCUCGAGCUAUCGUUUUUGACCUAGAUGAUGUGCUUUUUAAAUGGUCUGUUGCAAUUGAUGCAACGACGACAAAAGUUUCGCCUCGAUACUUAGAGAUGAUUCGCUCUACACCUAUUUGGUAUAGUUAUGAGCGUGGAGAGAUCACCCAAAAUGUAUGUUAUGAGUUGAGUGCUGAAAAAUUCUCACUCUCAGCUUCUGAUAUCGCGGAGGCGUUCGCACAAGCACGUGCGUGUCUGCAAUCUGAUCAUGUUAUUGUUGCAUUUAUUCGGAAAUUAAAGAUAGAUCCUGCGGUUCAGGUGUAUGCCAUGUGCAAUUUUGGCAAAGAAGACUUUGAUGAAUUAGCGACGAAGAUGGACUGGAAACUUUUUGACGGUGUGUUCCCCUCUGCAGAAGCAGGAAUGCGAAAGCCGGAGCUGGGAUUUUAUCGAAAUGUUUUGGAUCGAAUUGAUCUCGCUGGUAGCCAAGUGCUGUUUAUAGAUGGUAAAAAAGAGAAUGUGGACACAGCACGAGCACUGGGUAUUCGAAGAUUUGUUUUCGGGAAUUCGACAAUCGGAUCGUUAAGUCAAACUUUUCAUAGUCCAAUUGGAAAAGGUUGGAGAUGGCUGUAUCAAAAUGCCAAUAAGUGUGAUUCCUUCACCACGAAUCAAGUCACCUUUGCGGAUAAUUUUGCAAAAUUGCUGAUUAUGGAAACAUUGCAAGACCAAUCCAUCGUGAAUCUUAGUUGGGGAUCUAGAAAGACUUGGAAUUUCUUCGCCGAUGUAGAUGAAAGAGGCUCUUUUCCGGAUGAUCUUGAUACUACAUCUCUUGCUCUGAUAGCGAUGCCGCCGUCAUCCAAAACUGUUUCUGCAGUUCUUGACAAAAUGGCCGAACAUGCCAAUAACGAUGGUACUUUCCAGACUUAUUUUGAUCGUAGUAAAAAGCGAGUUGAUCCGAUUGUAAGUGCAAACAUCCUCGCUUGCUUCUACUCAUAUAAUCGCGGUCAUGAGUUUGCACGUACCCUCCAACUUGUGUAUUGUAUGCUCCUAGAGCGUUCCUACUUGCAAGGUACUCGAUACUACUCCACUCCAGAUAUCUGUCUGGGCUUCAUUGCUCGUCUGCUCCGAUCGUCUAACGAUAGUCAUCUACACAUAACGUUGGGUCCGAUAUUGAAGUCAAGAGUGGGUGAACGUAUUGGCCUGAAUGGUAGUGCCUUAGAUUUGGCUAUGCGGAUAACUACUUGCGUCCAGAUGGGGGUAUCAUGUGAAAGCGAUCGUCGUGCUCUAUUAGAUAUGCAAUGUGGUGAUGGAAGUUGGGAGGCUGGUUGGAUGUAUCAGUAUGGAUCCAAUGGGGUGAAGAUUGGGAAUUGUGCGGUGACUACCGCGAUGGCAGUUGCAGCAUUGUCAUCAGCAAAGAUAUCGUCGGUGUCAAUAAUGAAGCCCUCGGAUAUCAUUCAGAACACUUUAGCUUAAACGUAGACGUAUAGGAUAUGAAGAUGCGAUCCACAAUUGAAUUGUGAAAUAAAACGUAUCUGCUCGAGGAAAAGGCGACGUGGGUAGCUUGCUUGCAGACUCCAGUCUGAACCAAUUGGAGCUUGUGAGGGAAGUGGGCGUAACGAAGAAGUUUUUGUGAUACUACUCGAAGAACAAAAGUAGAGAGUGCGAUGAUACUGCCUGCUAUCGAAUUUGAAGAGAAAGAACA